GUGCUGCGUCAGUUUGUAAGACAUGAGUCUGAUACAGUUAGCUCAUUGGUACUCGAAAGAUCCAUGAAUCGUGUUCAGUUACUUGGUCGGGUUGGACAGGACCCUAUCAUGAGGCAAGUGGAGGGAAGAAAUCCUGUCACCAUAUUUUCUCUUGCAACCAAUGAGAUGUGGCGAACAGGGGAUAGUGAGUCAAGCCAGGGAGGUGAUAUCAGUCAGAAGACAACAUGGCACAGGAUCUCUGUCUUCAGACCGGGCCUCAGGGAUGUUACAUAUCAGUAUGUGAAGAAGGGUUCUCGACUCUAUGUUGAAGGGAAGAUAGACUAUGGUGAAUAUACAGAUAAAAACAAUGUGAGGCGGCAGGCCACAACUAUUAUAGCAGAUAAUGUAAUUUUUCUGAGUGAUGGUGGUGCGAAAGACAAAGUGUGAGAUCAUUACUGCUUGCAUCCAGGCCAUUUCAUUCCUUUUGCUUUACAGUGCUUCAUAAUUCUGUAAUCAUGUAUACUGCUGUAGUUUCUUUAAAAAAUAAAGUGUUUGAUACUU